GCGAAGUAUAAAUACCACCGAGCGGCAGCCGGCGGAGCAGAAUCGGUUUCUUCUCUUGCCUUGGCUCGGUUGCAGCGGCGGGGACGAUCGGCGAAGGGCGAGGUCCCGGCUGAAGCCCAGCCAUGUGGGUUGGGCUGGGGCUUGCCCUGGCUCUCUGUCUCCUCCCAGGAGGAGGGACAGAGAGCCAGGGCUCAAGCUCCCGUUGUAAAGAGCCGCCGGACUGGCAAAUCGGAGAGCAGAACCCAAUGCUGGACGCCAGAGGUUCUGUGACGGUGGUGGCCCUUCUCCAAGCAAGCUGAUACUUGUGCCUGUUGCAGGCUUCUCGACUGGAAGAUCUGCGACUGAAGCUGGAGAGUGAUGGGUUUACCAAUAUCUCCUUUAUUGUGGUCAAUCAUCAAGGAUACCAUUCCCGGCUGAAGUAUCAUCUUCUAAGAGAGAAAGUUUCAGAGCACAUUCCCGUAUACCAACAGGAUAUGCAACAGCCUGACGUCUGGAAAACUCUGAAUGGAAAUAAAGAUGAUUUUCUGAUCUACGACAGGUGUGGCCGUCUUGUGUAUCACCUUGGCUUGCCUUACUCUUUUCUGAGUUUUCCAUAUGUGGAAGAAGCCAUUCACAUUACAUACUGUGAAUCCAAGUGUGGAAACUGCACCCAGCUGACAGCAGAGGAUGAAGAAUUAUGCAAAAACAUAUCAAAGAAAACAGAUGAAGAGGCAGCUGAAGCUGUACCUCCUCCGUCACCACAGCACCAUCAUAGACAUCAUGGCCAUAGACCUCAUGGCCAUAGACGUCAUAACAACAGAGACCAAAACAAAGAUAGUCAGGCAGGGAGCCAGGUUGUAGCCAGCGGUCCCUCCCAGGGGAAGAGGCUUUGACGAAAAGGAAAUGCCAUCUGCAACCGACAGCUGAACUGAAACUGGCAGCAGCUGACAGGGUCUGCAUCAGGCAGCUGAUGCUGACACUGUCGGCAUUUGCUGUUCGAAGAUCUGCGCAGCGUUGCCUCCUGACACUGUCGUGGAGAGCUCCCAUCUUCCUGCCGGUGACACGGGCAGCUGUUGGCAGAGAAUGUCAUUGAGUCUUGUCAGUGACGCCUGCCGACGGCUGCUUGACGGUCACAAGCAGCAGAUGAGCUUGAAACCACCGAUGUCUGACAGUGAGCAGGGAGGGCGGAAAACUGAGCCUGAAAAACAAUCUAAACAUCUAAAAUUUAGACUGCACUUCAUGACCAUGCAGAUACCGGUGCCAUCAGAUUUACCAUACUGAUUGGAAAGACUUUCCAGAAACAGCAAAUGGGAGUUAAAACUACAAUGGAGGAGUAGGAUGACUGUAAUUUUUGUGUUGGGUACUACAGUAUUAUGUAAAUGUUUGAGAGGAAAGCAACCUGCAGAGUUCCAUCUGUAAACCAGCUGAGUUAAACUACUUGAGUUUCAGCUCUGUUCAACUGCAGUUGCUUAACAUAUGGGAGUUAUCUGGGUUUGGUGACUUGACUUUAACAAGGAAGAACUCCCUCAUUAUAGUAUGGUAUUGUUUUUCAGUGCUAGUUGAAAGUGUUUGCAGUGGUUUGUUAGCUUGUCUUUUUGGUUUCCUUUUCUACCAUUCUGUUUGAAUUUAUGAAGACAGAAGCAAAAACUAUAACCUAGGGGCUUCUGUUGGAUUUAUAGCAACCAUGAACAGAGGAGGAUAAGAAAAGACAUGUUAACUAGCUUUUUAAAAAGAUUUUUUAAGACCAAGAAAAAACGUGUAACGUAUGAGCUUUUCUCACAUAAAAAUCAAGUCACGUAAUGAUUAAAUUGCAUUAUAGAACGUGGUGCACAUUUAAAAACUUGCAUAUGAGCAAUAUUCUAAAUAAUACUUUUUCCGCUAUAAAGGGAUUUGCUAGAAUGCCCAGUUUUGAAGUAACAGAUUUGAGAGACACACAUUUAACUAAAUCUCCCACAGCAAUUCGUUUUUAAAUUUUUUUAUGUUUUUGACAUUGCAUUCUCAGGCAAUCCCAUUAAAGCUAAAGAUUACAGUAAUUUUAAUUGGGGUUGAAAGUAAAAAUGGAGCAGGGUGGAGUGGAUAUGUGCAAAUUCCAUUAAAAGAUUGAGACCCAAAACAUAUCUGCUGAUCAGUCUUAAUCUAGCUGUCCGCAGUUCCUGUUGAUUUGUGAUCUCCUUCUAGGGCUGGCUUGUAUUUCCUUUUAUAAAGAUUAAUAAAUUUGAUAUGUCUUUUUUUAUAGCUAGGUAGUUCCAUAUCAUGGCUACAUUUUAUCUAUCUGAAAUUAAUUUCAUUCUAGUAUGAUGUAUUUCGAGGAUUCAGAGAGAAAAGAAAAUGUUUUAACAAAGAGGAACUGUUUAGAUUGUGUUUGCCAUUUUUUAUGAUGGUUUAAUAGGAAAACUUAUGCUCCUACAAAACCUGAAUUCUUUUAUGGUGAACGCUUAUAAGCACGAAAGUAGUUCAGAAUAUAACUGGAAAGCUUGUGAAUGGAGAACCAAAAAAGAGAGUUUUUAAUAAAUGAAAAAAGUUUUGUCAACCCA